AUGGAUCUAGUUUCACAACAGGGAGAGAGUACAAUGAACACCUCAGAAGCAUCUGAGCACAUGUGCAUAUCGAGUUUAAAAGUAGGAGGAAUGAAAAAGGGUUUCAGACAAGUCACCAAGUCAAUCAUUGGCGGAAGAUCUAAAUUAGUUAUCAUGUCCAAAGAAAUAAACGAGAAGAAGAUGCUGGCAAUCAUAGAAGGGCUCGUAAAACAGUACGACGUACCCGUUUUGCAGGUCAAAAACCACAACGAGCUGGCCAGAUACGUAGGAAUAUGCAAAACCGACGAGACCGGAAAAAUCAUCAAGGAUGCAAAGUGUGCAGUUGCUUCAAUAGAAGACUUUGGAGAAAGCACCGAAGGUAGAGAAGUGCUCUUUGGAAAAAUAGGACUAACAGAAUAA